UGAGCACGGUGGCCCUGGCCUCUCUCUGGAGUCCCUGCCAAGGGGCGUGGGGAGGCGGCCGGGGAGGGCUCUGCGGGUCAGCGUCCACUCCCUGCACCGGGAGCUGAGCACAGACGGACAGAAGGACAGGGCCCAGAAAUGGCGCUCCCUGGACCGCCAAAGUCCCUCUGCCUUUGCCUCCUGGUCUUGGCCUGCACUGUGGGGUGCCAGCCAACGCCUCCUGCAGAGACCCCAACUCCUGAGCCUGAGCCAGCAACGGGGCCCUGGAGCCUCGUCCGGGACAAAGUGAAGGGGUUGGUGGAGCCGCUGGUGAGCAGGACCCAGGAGACAUGGCAGCAGUUCUGGGGCCCCAGCACCUUCCGAGGCUACGUGCAGACCUACUAUGAAGACCACCUGAAGGACCUGCCGCCCCGCGCCCAGGCCUGGCUGCGUGGCUCCAAGGAGAAGCUCCUGAGCAGGGCCCACAGUCUGUGCCCCACGCUGCUCUGUGGGCCCCAGAGCCAGGACUGAUGCGCCCGCAGCCCCCCAAUAAAGAACGCUUGUCCCGUG